GAGGAGGGAGAUCCAAGCGGGGCGCGCGCCGCCGCCCGUGGCGGAGCCAUGGAGGACUUGGAGGAUAAUACCACUGUCUUCUCCACCCUAAGAUCCCUCAACAACUUCAUUUCACAGCGUAUGGAAGGAGUGUCUGGGCUGGCUACGCCAGCAUCAUCUCAAAGCUCCUUACAGAUUCAGUACCAGCAGAGGAUGCAGUUGGAAGAACAAGCUGGGCAGAUCCACUCGAAAUCUCAGCUCCUGCAAGUGGAACGAGAGAAGAUGCAGAUGGAGCUCAGCCACAAACGAGCUCGCAUUGAGCUAGAGAAGGCAGCUAAUAAUAAUGCCAGAAACUAUGAGAGAGAGGCUGACCGUAACCAGGAGCUGCUCACACGCAUAAAGCAAUAUCAGGAAAGGGAAACAGAAGCUGAAAAUAAACUGAAAGAACAAGUGGAGAUGAACAAAUCCUAUAAGAAGAGCAUGGAGGCAAUGAGUAAGAAGCUGCAAGAGAAGGAGAGCAAAUUAGCUGAAGCUAAUGAAACAAUCACUGUAUUAAAAGGCAAAAUAUCAGAGCUGCAGUGGAAUAUAAUGAAUCAAGAGAUGCAGAUGACAAGCCAAGACUCUCAGAAGCAGGAACUGAUGGAACAGCUGGAUGUUCAACAGAAGAAAUGGCAAGAGGCUAGUCAGCAAAUCCAGACAUUGCAAGCAAGCCAAUCUCUACUGGCAGAAUAUGAACAGAAGAUUAAGGAUCUGGAACAGAAGCUGUCCCAUCAGGAACACGAUGCUGUAAUUGUCAAGAACAUGAAAGCAGAACUGGCCCGUUUCCCAAAAAUGGAACGGGAGUUGCGCCAGCUCAGGGAGGAAAAUGCCUACUUCAGAGAAAUGAAAGAAAACAAUGGAUUGCUUAAAGAGGAGGUAGAAGGUCUCCAAAGAAAACUGGAACGCUAUGAGAAAGUCCAAGCACAGCUAGUGACCGUUGAAUUGGAAAAUGAGAAACUUCUGGGAAAAUUAAAAAGCUGGGAGAAAGUGGACCAGAGCACUGGCUUGAAUAUCAGGACGCCUGAUGAUCUCUCAAGGCAAAUUGUGGCCCUGCAGCAAAGGGAGCUUGCACUGAAAGAGCAGAAUUCUACUAUCACAAACAGUGCCCGAAUACUGGAGAAGGCCCGGCAGCAGCUACAGGAGGAAAUACUGCGAAUUCAGAGCCAGCUCUUGGAUGAGAAGAAGAAGCGUGAGCAGCACGAAGCGCUGGUCAGACGGCUGCAGAAACGUGUACUGCUACUCACCAAGGAGCGUGAUGGGAUGAGAGCAAUUCUGGAGUCGUACGACAGCGAGCUGACCCCUUCGGAGCACUCGCCGCAGCUGAACCGGCGCAUGCGUGAGGCUGAGGAGAUGGUGCAGAAGCUGCAUGCUCAUAACACCGAGCUGGAGGCUCAGCUGUCUCAAGUUCUGGAAGAGGUGGGAAAUCAUAAACAAAGAGCAGAAAUGCUGGAGGUGGAGAUGAACAUCCUGAAGUCUCAGGAGUGCACAGCUGAGCAAAGUACCAUCAUCACCAAGGAGGAGGUUGACACGCUCAGGCUGAAAAUUGAGGAGCUGGAAGCUGAACGAGGCAAGCUGGAAGAGGAGAACAGAUGUCUAGAAAUGAAACUGGAGAAGCUGACUCUUCAGGGUGACUAUGAUCCCAGCAGAACCAAAGUUCUUCAUUUCAGCAUGAACCCAGCAAGCUUGGCCAAGCAGCAGCGCAAGGAGGAGCAGCAGCAGCUCCAGGAGGAGUGCGAAAGGCUGAGGGAGCUGGUGAGGGUACUCGAAGGAGGUGGCUCCAUCCCUGCCAACCUGGAAGGACUUGGGAGUUUUCAGUCACCACAGGAAAUUGCAGAGCUGAAGAGGCAAGUAGAAAGUGCAGAACUAAAGAACCAGCGUCUGAAAGAAGUUUUCCAGACUAAGAUCCAGGAGUUUCGCAAGGUGUGCUACACACUGACGGGCUACCAGAUUGACAUCACUACUGAGAACCAGUAUCGCCUCUCCUCCAUUUACGCCGAGCACCAAGGAGACUGCCUGCUUUUUAAGGCCUCCAGCUCCUCUGGUGGAAAAAUGCAGCUUCUGGAAACCGAGUUCUCACGCACCAUCCGGGAGCUCAUCGAGCUGCACCUGCUUCGCCAGGACAGCAUCCCAGCCUUCCUCAGUGCCCUCACCCUCGACCUCUUCAGCCGCCAGACCAUUGUUUAGCGUCCUGCCAAAGCCAUCAGCCAGGCAUCGAGCGCCCCUGGGCAGGACAUUUGAGGUAGCGAGGACAAAUUUUACCCUCCCACCCUUAGUUUGCGGUAUUGGGUUGCUUCUGUUUUGCAGAGAAUUCCUUCUUCUCCCUUCUUUCAUGCUGAUUCCCAAAUCCCACCAAUUCCUCAGGAAAACAUCAUUUCCCUCCUGUGGGAGGGGGAGUGUGACUCCAUCCCAAGGCUCUCCUAUGCCAAGACCCAGUCCCUGCCUUUGAAUGAGUGAAUGUGUUCAUCACUGCCCAGGCUGUCUCAGCAUCUCUCUGAGAAUAUGGUAGGAACUGCUGAUUUAAGGAGCCACAGCAUCACUGUUCAUAGCUUUUCCCAAAAGGAGCCCCCAAAUCUGGGCCCCAGCAGUGAGGAGGGUGGUGCUUCCUGGUCCCAUGCUUGUCCUCCCCCAGUGGGAGCCAAGAGCAUGGUCUCUGAAUAGAAAGGGACCAGGGGAAGCACCAGUCAUGAAUAGCAGGUUCUUUGUGGAUAUCUCCUGCUCUUGUAAACAGCUCAUCACUCAACAAGGUGGGAAUUAUUUCCAAAAUAUUGAGUUCCCUGAGUCUGCCAUCCCUCAGCAGAUGAGCACAAGCAUACAUGGCCAUCUGAAGUCUCUGUUCCUGCAUUGACACCUCUGUGUUGUGUGGUUUGCUCAGAUGUUAUUGGUGAGCUCUCUGAGAUUCUUGGGCACUUGGUUAUCUCAGGACGGCAGAAGGUAGGAGGGAGCAAUUUGGGAUGUGCUCACUGCUGAUGGCUUUAGCUGGCUGCCUGCUCACCUUGUUGGGAUCUCCCUCCUCUCCUCUGAGGAGGAUGAUGCAGCACCCCCUGAAGUCUAAU